AUGCCUUACAAUCUAAAAGGUCGUAAUGUCUUAGUGACAGGCGGCUCUAGGGGACUUGGCGAGUAUAUAUGUGUUAAAUUCGCUGAGGAAGGAGCAAAUGUUGCUAUCAACUUCUGUGCGAGUGAGGAUAGGGCGAAGGGGGUUUUGGGAAAGGUGAAGAGUAAGGGUGUUAAAGGGGUAAUUAUUGGUGGGGACAUGGCAAUCGAAACCUCUUGCACAUCUGUAAUCCAAGAAACCAUAUCCCAACUCGGCGGCCUCGACAUCAUCAUAGCCAACGCAGGCUACACCCGCUUCAGCACCUUUUCAGAUCUCACAGCCACAACCACCUCGGAUUGGGAUACCUGUUUUGCUGUAAACAUCAAGUCUCUGCACUACCUCCUUCGAGAAGCUCUCUCGACCUUCAAUGACAAUUCUGAAGGUGGGUGUUUCAUCGUGACAUCUAGCAUUGCGGCAGUGAAGAUUGGAGGUAGUUGUGUCCCGUAUAAUAUCACCAAAGCGGCUCAGCUGCAGUGGGUCAAGUGUAUGGCGGGGACUCAAGGACCGAAAGUGAGAGUCAAUGCUGUGUUGCCGGGAUGGUUGGCUACUGAAUGGGGUGAGAAGUAUACGCCGGAACAGGUUGAGAAGAUGAAUGAGCAGGCUUGGUUGGGAAAACCGACGGAUUUAGAUGAUUGUGCACAGAUUUAUGUGGACAUUGCGAAGAAUGCUUCGAUGACAGGACAGAAGAUCCAAGUUGAUUCGGGCCUAGGUGGCUAG